AUGAAUAAAAGGCUUGAAGAGGCGCCGAAGAUGAUACCAAACAGGAUAUGCAAAGGCCAUCUCGUACCACACGAACAGAGUAAGUCCAUCCAGUGUUGCAACGACAAAGAUUUCUGUAACCUGUCACUGCUUCCUACCUAUCCAGAACGACCGACGCCAGAAACCCCCGGUUUCGGUACCCCUGACAACUUACCGUUCACCGUCCUCCUUACGACCAUUACCUUCUGCCUUACUCUAGUUCUUCUGAUUGUCGCUAUAGUAUUCAUGAAGAACAGGAGGAAAGAUGUGCAGAGGAAGUUUGGAUUGUAUGGCAAAGGAUAUACUGGCGAGAAAUACCCCCAAAUGGAAGUUCACGGUCCUUUGGUAAGCUUAAUGGAACAAUCCAGUGGUUCUGGAUCUGGUCUUCCCAUCCUAGUACAAAGAACAAUUUCGAAGCAGAUCCAAAUGGUUCAUUCGGUGGGCAAAGGACGAUAUGGUGAAGUUUGGUUGGCGAAAUGGAGAGGCACCAAGGUGGCUGUCAAAGUAUUUUUCACUACAGAGGAACAGAGCUGGUUCAGAGAAACUGAGAUAUACCAGACUGUUUUGAUGAGACAUGAGAAUAUACUGGGAUUCAUAGCUGCUGAUAUUAAAGGUACCGGAAGUUGGACCCAAAUGUUGCUGAUAACAGACUACCACGAAUGUGGUAGUCUCUAUGAUUAUCUUCAGGACAACUGUUUGGAUCCAUCGCGGCUCCUGCUUAUGGCUCAAAGUAUAGCAUCGGGACUUUCGCACCUUCACAUCGAAAUAUAUGGCACCAAAGGAAAACCGGCUAUAGCUCAUCGAGACAUCAAGAGCAAGAAUAUUUUAGUGAAGCGGAAUGGUGAAUGCUGCAUAGCAGAUUUCGGACUUGCUGUGAAGUAUUUGUCAGAAACUAAGGAGAUAGAUGUCCCUCCAAAUGUAAGAUCUGGAACCAGGAGGUAUAUGGCACCAGAACUUCUGGAUAAAUCAAUGAAUGUCCACAACUUUGAAGCUCAUAAGAUGGCCGAUAUGUACGCAUUUGCAUUGGUCAUGUGGGAGUUGGGCAGGAGGUGCGUCACUGGUGACAAACUCAAGGGAGCAGAUGAGUAUGCAGUACCAUAUUAUGACUGUGUUCCAUCUGAUCCAUCUUUUGAAGACAUGCUGCAAGUGGUAUGUGUGAAAAAGAUUCGCCCCCAGAUACCCUUGAGGUGGGAGGGUGAAGAAGUGUUACAGACUUUAGCCAAAGUUAUGCAAGAAUGUUGGCACUCUAAUCCCGAUGUCCGGUUAACGGCGCUAAGAGUGAAAAAGACACUCGCGAAGUUAGACACUGAUACAAGUAUAAAGAUUGUGUAGUGGUCUUUAAUUUUGUGACUUUAUUUUAUAUUUAAUUGGGGAUGGUGUUAGUAUUUCAAAGCUUUGAGCUUAACAAAAUAAUAACAUGUACUAAACAUAACCUUUUUAAAUUUCAUCAUCAGUAUAAAUCAUUUUUGUUCAUUUGGUAACUCGUGCAUGUUUUCCGAAAAGUUUCGUUUUUUAUGGUAAUACUGGUACCAUCCCCAGCAAAGACUAGAGAUCUAAAAUCUCUGAGCGCAUUUCCGCAUCUGCCACAAGCUUUAAACUCAAAACUCACAGAUCCAGAUGCGGAAAUCGCAGUUUUUAAUACAUGUUGAAAGAAAAAUUGUAUAUAGAUGACGAAAUGUUGUAAAUAUUUGUUUAUUAGUUAAAAUUUCACUAUUAUAUAGUAUGUAAAGUCGAAAAAGUACCUAUAUAUACAUUCACAAGAGUCCAGUUGACCUAAAUGAAAACCAAAUUGUAGAUAUUAGACAAACGCGCAGUAACUCAAGAAUAUUAUUUUGCCAUAAAUUUUUGGUUAACUGAUUAUGAUGGCUUCAUUGAUAUUAAGGUAAAACAAAUUUAAUAUAGACGGUAUUUGCAAUAUUUAACAUGGAAAAUAAAAAAACAGCUACAAAUUUAAUAACAUAUAAAAAAUCCACUUGUUUUUCAUGACAUUUUACAUAUUAUGCAUUGUUAUAUAACAGUCCUUACCACAUUUUGUGCAAUUUUUUAUGUAACCGUGAAAUAGUGCCGCUGCAGAUCGUUAAUGAUCCUUCCAUUGCCGGUCCUUCUUGGACUUGUCUAUCCUAUAACAGAUUUCAAUGGUUUUCUCAAGACUAUCUGGAUUCUCUUACAGUAGUUUCUCCUUAAUAUAAGUGUUUGUAACCCCACAAAUUAUCAUAGUUUUAAUCAUGUCCUUCCGGAGUUCGUCUAAUUUGGACUUCAUACCUCUUUCCUAAACUUCUCUGACAAUAUAUAGAAGUGUAUUAAAUAAAUCAUCAUUUUCUAACCUCUCUUUUCCAUGUUCCAAAUCUUACACUACUAUACUCCAUUCGCUUAGCUCGGGCAUAUUUUGACAGAAUCAUUGUAGGAAAUCUACAACACAACAAUUCCUACUUCUCAGUAUUAAUAGCUCAAGUAUACUACUAUUGCAGACUUCUUUCUUUGAAAAAAAGAAGAAUUAUUCUAAAUAGUGGAAGUGCAUACUAAACCCAUCAAAUUUUGGGUAGUAUAUAUAUAAAAAAUAUAUUUUAGUUGUUAUAAUUUAACAUAACUAUUUAUUAUAUGGUGCAGAUAAAUAAAUAUUGAUUGUCUGUAAUUCACAAAGUUCUAUUUUAUUUACUAUUAAUAGUAAAGCAAAGUUUGUUUACUAUUAAUAUUGGCUAAGUACGUGUGCUUGGUUGUAUAGUAAUUUCCAGCCACUUUUAAUCUGUCAAAAAGUAACUAACUUCGCAAAAAAAUAAUUACUAAGUUCGCUGGGAUUAGCUAACCGAGUAUAGCUGUAUGUAACAUAAGUUGCCUAACUAACGUACACUAUUAAUCAUAUUCUCACAGUAGUUUUAGUAAUCUGUUUAUCUUAUCUGGUCUAUUUAAAAUUGCAACUUUCCUAGUAGCAGCUUUCAUAGAAAGAAGUAUAAAAUUUUGAACAAAAGCAACUGUUUUCUUUUCGUUUUUGUAUUAAUUUUGUCACAAAAAAUUGUUAGAUAUAAUAAAAUUGGGACAAUAGGAAAUAUGUUUGUCAAUCUUUAAAAACAAUUUUAAAUUUAAACUAUACGAGAGGGUACAAUUAAAAAAUUCAGCUAAACUGUGUUUAAUAUCUAUCUGUAUAAUAUAUCUGUAAAAAAUAUACUGUCAAUCUGUAAUAAUUUUCAAUAGAUUUUGUACUUAUCCAUCAACAAGGCUAUAUUAUAUCAGUUAACCAAAACAUAUAUUGUUGGCAUUUUGUGAUAUAGUAUUGUGCAAAUCGUUGGAGACAAAAAACCUUUAUUGAACAUUUCAUCAAGAAUAUUAUAAUGUAGCAGAUAAAACUAUAGUUUUAACCAUGUUCAUGGUACAUUCUUUUGCCAAGAGUCUAUCCAACACGAUUCAUAAAUUUUCUUAAUAUUAUUUACUGAGGUUUCUUAUAAUAAAGCAGUAAAUAAGGAAACACUUUCAAUUGAGAUACUAAUAAGAAUUUAUAAAAAAGAAAUGUAAAACGUUUUAGAUACAUGCAUGUCAUGAGAGAUAAAGAGUGGGAGAAAGAGAGUCCGAAAAGGAGAGAGAUAUAUAGAGAGCGAACCUUUCAAGUUGUAAAUUAAUGAUUCUAUACAUUCUUGUUAUAUGAACUUCGUAUGUUUGUUGUUAAGUAAAUGUUUUGGACACUCAACGAUUUUUUUGGGCCUACCAUGUACACUCAUUCAGGUGCAUACUCUUCAUUCGUUCAUUUUCUGAAGCAUAUUGAUUCAAUUGGUGAUGUAUCUUGAUUUUUUCUUACACCGGGAUGUUCUGCUAUGAACAUUUUAUACAUCUUUUUCCCAGAUAGAGUCUCAGGAAGGUAGUAGGUAUUCGGAUUUUUUCUUCUUGAAUAAUGAGACUGUCCACUGAUCCACUGUUAAAGACAUGUUUUGUAGCCUUCGAACCCUUUAAUAUGUUAUUCCAUGAAGACCGCAAAAAGCCUUUACACAUAUUGGUUCUUCUCUUUUUUCCAACCCUAUUUUAUAAUUAUAGGCAGCAGAAUGUUGGUCUUUGAGCGUUUGCGGAACAUUACGUUGGCUUGGCAUGACAUUUUCUAGUUCUGUUAGUAAAACAUCCCUAAUUUCAGCGUUUUUUAGGCUUCCUCUUUACUUUGGAAUGUGAUAAGAUAGCCCUACGAUGAAAUAUACUAGUUACUAUUUUAUUGUUUAAAUAAAGCGAUUAAUUUUACCUGCCAAUCUUUCUCGUUUUUAGUUUCCAAAGCAUAAAAGUGAUCAAAGAAAACUCGAGAUUUCUCUUCACCAAUAACAUUUUAGAAUAACAUUGAAAUUGUGAACACCUAAAAGGAAUAUAACUGUUUUACUCAUCAUUUUAAAUUAUUAAUUUGUGUAACGUACUUGCAAUUGGGACCCAUUUAUACUAUUACCAUAUUUUUAAUGGAAUUUUCUUACGCAAGGAACGUAGGUAAUUAGUCCUUCAAUCCGUAGAUGGCUUACGUCCAUUUUCGAAAAAAACUGACAUAUGGGGUUUUUGCAAAGAAUGCUUCAAUUGUCUAGCAACAAUAUUAUUGCAGUGAAAUUGUUAAAGAAUAAGGCUACAAUAUAUUAAAAAAUCACUUAAAUCGGACAACAGGUUUAGCAAAUUCGAGACAUCAAAAAUGUGAAAAAUUAGUGUUACAUAUUUUUGCUUAUAAUCAUGUAUUUUUUUAACUAAAUCCCAAACCUGCUACUUACUUCUGCUACACUGGUAAAAAGUGUCUGCAGACCUUCCAGACUGUCUGCAAAAAUGACAGUGUCAUCACAUUAUCUUAUUCUGUUCAGUCAUUCUUCAUUUAUAAGUAUUCCGUCGUCUACACCAGUUAGCGCUAGGUUAGUAAGUGCUCUGAAUAUAAUGUGCUUAUAUUACCACAAACAUAAAUCACAAGAAGGUAAUAAAACGAACUAAUAACUUGUCAUAAAUUGAAGUUUCUAAUUGAAUGUGUCAAUAUAAUGACACAAAGCUGAUACAAUUUGAAUCCUACAUUAUCAACAUCUGUAAAUUAUUAAAAUCAAUACCAAAAAAGGUUAAAUAAAAAGAAUUUGCACAGUACUGUAUUUGUAACAUAUUUGAAAUACCUGUUUAAGAACAGUCGAUUUUCUGAUUGUAUACUUACUAAUGGGUGUUUAAAAUAUUGGAGUUCAAUUUCUGAUUUUUAUAAGUGUGUUUCUUAGACAAAAAUGAGUGUAUACCUUUAAAUAUGUACAAAGUAAAUAAGUAUUUAUUCCUAGUUGCCAUAUUUAUUGGGUGCGCCAAAAUUCCGAAAAUUCUUGGAAAUUGGCGUAUUCUGUAUAGUUAAUUGUUAAGCUAUUCCUAUACGUGUGCCAUGUAUCAAUUUUUGAGUUACUGUGCAAAAUCAGCUGGUGGUAUCUGCGACAAUCGUCCCGUUGUAUACUUUUCCGUACACUCGUUAUCAAAAAGCACCAAUUUAUUGUAUUAUUUCGGAAAAUUUGUCUAAAAAGUGCUCAAGUUAAAAUUUUCAAGUGCAAUUGAGAUAGUCUAAGAAUUUUUGCAUUAAUUUUGUUGUUUCUAAAUUUUAUAACACAUGUUUAACGAUUGAAUUUAAAAAUUUCUGGAAAAUGUUAUCGGAUUUAACGGAAUUUUCAUUUUAUUUCAUUAAUUGUCCAUUUUGUACUUUUCAAGUAGGCCGUGUGACUGUUAGAAUGUGCAUUUAUAUUAUAAUUGUAUAUAAAUUUAUUGUUAUGACUAUAUGUGAGCGAAUUUGAAUGUGCAGUAAAUUUAUUAUUAUUGCAAGACUGAUAUUUUGAAUGUUGUGCGUUUUGUGAAGAAAAUAAAAUAAAUAUUAUGUC